AUGUCUUGCCCUCAUGUUGUAGUUGUAGCUGCAAUUCUUAAGGACAUACAUCCCGAUUGGUUCAGUGAAGCAAUACGAUCUGCUCUUACAACCAUAGGUGUACUUCUUAUCCUUCAUUGUCUAGUUUCAGACACAUCGCCAUGCGUAAUACCUUUCUGUUUAUUGAUACUUUUCGCUUAUUUAGCAAAAUUAAACAACAACAUGGGCACACCAAUAACAGACUCGGACAAAAAAAUAGCAAAUCCAUUUCAGUUCGGUGCAAGCCACAUUCAGCCUUCAAAAACAGCUGAUCCUGGACUUGUUUAUAAUGCUUCUUAUGAUGACUAUCUUCUCUUCCUCUGUCGUAACAACAACAAUUUGCUCGUUCCAUCUUUCAAAUGCCCCAAUGUUAUUCCUUCACCAAGUAAUCUCAAUUAUCCAUCGCUAGUGAUUUGUAAGCUUAAAGGAUCCACAACUGUCACUCGAACCGUUACAAAUGUACAAUAA